AUGAACAAGAAAUUUGAAUGUGUACGAGUGGUAAUUCGAUGUCGUCCCUUAAAUGAUACUGAAAAGAAGGAUGGACAUGUUUGUAUAGUGAAUAUGGACACUAAGAAUGGAUAAGUGACAGUGAGAAAUCCAAAAGUAGCAGAUGAGGUGCCAAAACAAUUCACAUUUGAUUAAAUCUUUGAUACCUAAUCUCUUUAGGAGAACGUGUAUAAUCAGACAGCUCAUCCUAUAGUUGAGAGUGUAUUGGAGGGAUACAAUGGAACUAUAUUCGCCUAUGGUUAAACAGGGACAGGAAAGACUCACACGAUGGAAGGUAAGGAUGAUCCUCCUACUUUAAGGGGAAUAAUCCCUAGAACAUUUGAUCACAUAUUUCAGAGAAUAGAGAACAUGGCUAAGAACAAAUAGUUUUUGGUGAAGGUUUCAUUUUUGGAGCUCUACAAUGAGGAGAUUAGGGACUUGCUUUCCAAAAAUAUAAAAAAUAAAUUGGAGAUACGUGAGAAUCCAGAAACUGGAAUAUAUAUCAAGGAUCUAAGUAAAUUCAUGAUAGAGAAUCCUUAGGAAAUGAGAGAGAAACUAUUACAUGGAAGAGAGAACAGAGCAGUUGGAGCUACAGCUAUGAAUCAAGACUCAUCUCGUUCACAUUCAUUGUUCUAGAUAACAGUGGAGACCAAUGAAAUUGUGUAGGGAUAGAGUCAUGUGACUGUAGGCAAAUUGAAUUUAGUCGAUCUAGCAGGUAGUGAAAGGUAGAGUAAGACUCAUGCCACAGGAGAUAGAUUGAAGGAAGCCAUCAAUAUCAACUAGUCUUUAACCACACUGGGUAAUGUGAUCAGUGCAUUGGUGGAUAAUAAAUCUUAGCAUAUACCUUACAGAGAUUCAAAGUUAACAAGAUUGUUGUAAGAUUCUUUGGGAGGUAAUACAAAGACAGUUAUGAUUGCUAAUAUUGGUCCAGCUGAUUACAAUUUCGACGAAACUCUAUCUACUUUGAGAUAUGCUAACAGAGCUAAAUAAAUUAAGAAUGAACCUAAGAUUAAUGAGGAUCCAAAGGAUGCUUAGAUUAGAUAAUUUUAAGAGGAGAUUUUGAAAUUGAAAUAAUAAUUGGAAUUAUCAAUUGAAGGUGGAGGAAGUGUGAUGAGUCCAGGAUAAGAGGUCUUAGUAUAGAAGGUAGUGAAGGUGAAGAAUGUGGAUAAGAUCAAGGAGGCUGAGAAUAUGAUAGAGAGAGAGAAGGAAGAAUUAAAAAAGAAGAUAGAAGAGGAGAGGAGGAAGAUUGAUCAAUAAAAGAAUUUGGGUGAAGAGGAGAAAAUGAAAUUAUUGAAGUAAUUACAAGAGAAGGAGGAGUAGGCCAAUAAUGCAAGGGAGACACAAUAAAAGCUUAUUAAGACAAUUUAGAAGAUGGAAUAGAAGUUAGUUAAUGGUCAUACUGAAGUUGAGGAAGCAAGAAGAAAGGAGAAAGAAUUAGAAGAGGCAAGGAAAUUGAUUGAAAAAGAGAAGGCUGAGGCUGCCAAAAGAGCUCUAGAGUUGUAGAAGAAGGAAGAAUUCAAUUUAGAAUUAUAAACAAAGUACAACUCAAUAAAGGAAGAAUUGGAAGAUAAAACUAGAAGAAUUAAAACACUUUAAUAAAAGACUCGUUAAUUGGAAUUUGAAAAUAAAGAGACCGAUGAGUUCAUGGCUAAGGAGAUAGAAGACUUACAAAUAAGAAAAAGGGAGAUUCUAUAGGAAGUGAAAUUGAAAUAGUUUAUUCUGGAUUAUUUCAUCCCGCCUAAGUUUUUGGAGACCAUGUAGAUGCUAGCCUUAUAUAAUGAAGCUGCAGAAGCAUGGACAAUACAAGGUUUAGAUUACUCUGGGAAAUUGACUAAAACUCAAAUCUAGCAGGCAAUCUAAGAAUAAUAGCAAAUGAAUGUGAGUGAUCAAAUUAAUAGUGAAGAGAAAUUAUAAGAAUUAUUGAAUCAUCCUAAUGUGUAUUUCGCUUACACAGAAGAAGGAUUAAUAAGAGAAGAGCAAUUGGCACCACAAGAGAAAAAGAAGGUUCAGAAGAGAUUACAAUCUGCCAAGAAACCGCAAUCAGCCAAAAAGAGACCCUCAUCUAAAAGAAUUGAAUCUGCCAAAAAGAGUGUCAAUUUACAAGAAUAGAACUAUCCAAAAGCUAAGGGACUUACAUCUAAAUGA